AUGUCGUCCCCGAGGCGGCCUUUCAGUCGCCGGACUCACGAUGCCGAUCCCGACGACACUUCGGCAUGCGGGCCUGAUGUUACGGAUGGGAAUCUUCACUAUGUCGUCGAGAAGGGCGGCAACAACUCCGGCCCCUCCUACCAGGAAGCCUCCAGGGCACCGGUCGAAACAAGCUCUCCUCUUGGAUACGGCGUUAGUCCGAUCACGAUCAUCUUUCUGAACAUUGGCAUGAUGAUUGGCACCGGAGUAUACUCCACUCCCUCGUCCAUCCUCAAGGGCACAGGAUCCGUGGGUCUAAGCAUGAUCUACUGGGCUCUCGGUUUCCUGACCUCGAUCGCCUCGUUUUCGGUGUACCUCGAGUUCGCUUCGUACUUCCCCAACCGGUCUGGAUCCGAAGCCGUCUACCUCGAGCAGGCUUGGCCGCGACCGAAAUGGCUGUUCCCAACUGCAUUUGCUUUUCAGUCGGUUGCUCUAUCAUUCAGCAGUGGCAAUGCAAUCGUACUCUCGCAAUACCUUUUCAGGGUAGCAGGCGUAGAACCUAGCCCGUGGCAGCUUAAAGGUGUUGCUGUGGCUGGGUUCACGGUCGCCACUCUAUUUGUCGCCCUCGAUAACACCUUCGCCUACCGAUUUUCGAAUGGAGUCGGCGUUGUUAAACUCGCUACAUUGGUCUUCAUCUCGAUCACGGGUCUGGUGGUGCUCGGAGGACACACCGGCGUUCCCGAGCCGCAUGCCAAUUUGAAAGACCCGUUCGAAGGAGAGGCAACGGCGUACGGCCUGACGAACGCACUUUACAGAAUCAUCUUCUCGUACGCCGGAUACGAGAACGCUUUCAGGGUGGUGAAUGAAGUGAAGGAUCCAGUCCGUCAAAUUAGAAAGAACGGGUGGAUCGCAUUGCCAAUUGUUACUGUGCUCUACCUGUUGGCCAACAUAGCCUACUUCGCCGCUGUUCCAAAGGCAGAUCUCGCCGCAGCCAACCAAAUUGCUGCAAGCUUGUUCUUCGGAAAUGUGUUCGGCCCCGGCAGAGCCGUCAGGGGUCUCAACUUCUUAAUUGCCUUGAGCUCUUUCGGCAAUCUCCUGACCGUCCUGAUUGGAUCUUCUCGCAUGCUUCGGGAGUGUGGGAGACAGGGAGUUCUGCCAUAUCCCGGAUUCUGGGCUUCUACGAGGCCGUUCGGUACAACUCUGGGCCCUUAUCUUGUUAAGUGGCUGUUGACUAUCAUCAUGGUCGUCGCACCGCCCGCUGGUGAUGCCUUCAACUUUAUCGCUGAUUUGCAGGUGUAUCCGUCUGCCUUCUUCGGGCUCAUGAUGUCGGUCGGCCUGUACGUAGUCCGAUGGCGGCGCAAACGUUUCAACCUCCCCCCGCCCGCGUUCAAAGCGUGGAACGUUAUCGUGAUCUUCAACAUCGCCAAGGAUGUCUACCUCCUUGUCAUGCCAUGGUACCCGCCCAACGGCGGUCCGUUUGCCGGCGACGUCAGCUUCUGGUACGCGACGUACGUCGUCGCUGGCAUUGGGAUCCUGGUGGGUUGCGGCGUCUACUAUUGGCUCUGGAUUUAUGCUGUUCCCAAGCUAAAGGGAUACGAAAUCCGUCAGCAAGUCUUGGAGCUGGCGGAUGGCGCACAGAGCCACAAGCUCGUCAAGGUGCCUGUUGCGGAACUGGCCGAAUGGGAUGCAAACCAUGACCAAGUGGGAAGGCGUUUGCAACAGACCCCUAGUGAGCAACCUACGGAGGAGGAGAAGAGAGGUCCUUCUGUUUAG